AUGCUCUGCCAGAUUCUCAAUCAGGCCAAGAAGCAUCCUAGCUUAAUCCCUCUCUUUGUAUUUAUUGGUGCAAGAGGUUCUGGAGCAGUACGGUAUGUCACGUGCCUGGCAUUGUUCAAUCCAGAUGUCAGUUGGGACAGGAAGAAUAAUCCAGAACCGUGGAGUAAACUCGGUCCUAAUGAUCAAUACAAGUUCUUUGCAGUGAAUGUAGAUUACAGCACAAUGAAGAAAGAAGGUGCAGAUUUCUAA